GCACGAAUGGGCAUGUGCUUGAAUACAGAGUUUUAGAGUGCCAGCUGGUAUCGAAGGUUCACUUGACAUUCACUGCAAUUGGUGGGAGGUAUCAAUGCUGCGAAUGGAGGCCUGAUAUUCCAAUCGACGUCAGUGAACUUGCGAAGCACUAG